AUGGAUCCAUCAUCUUCUGUUUAUGGCUCCGAAUUCAGUGCUGGAGAUAUUAGCUUUGUGCUAACAUCCAUGGCAUUGGUGUGGCUCAUGAUCCCUGGCAUCGGCUACUUUUAUAGUGGCAUGGCACGUUCCAAGAACGCCUUAUCACUCAUUAUGUGUUGUGUGCUAUCGUUAGUAGUGGUAACGCUCCAGUGGUUUAUAUGGGGAUACAGUCUCACUUUCAGCAAGACGGCUAGCUCUUCAUUCCUUGGGAAUAUGGAUUAUGCGCUUUUCCGUAACGUACUAGGCUCAGCCUCCAUGGGCAGUGACAAGAUCCCCGAUAUUGUCUUUGCACUUUACCAAAACAUGUUUGCGGCCUUGACACCAGCAUUGGCUAUUGGCUCUGCUGCUGAGCGUGGAAGAUUACUUCCCAUGAUCAUCUUCAUAUUUAUUUGGUCAACCGUUGUUUACGACCCUAUUGCCUAUUGGACAUGGAACGCCAAUGGAUGGAGUGCACAACUUGGUGGGCUUGAUUUUGCAGGUGGCACACCCGUGCAUAUUUCAAGUGGAUUCGCUAGCCUUGCGUACGCCAUCAUUUUGGGCAAACGUCAAGGCCAUGGCAGUAUCACCCAAGUUGAUGAAUUUAAACCACACAACAUGUCCAAUGUAGUCCUCGGUACAGCAUUCCUUUGGUUUGGCUGGUUCGGCUUUAACGGUGGUUCAGCACUCUCGGGCAAUUUACGUGCGGCUAUGGCAUGUGUAGUAACCAACUUGGCGGCUGCUACAGGUGCUAUCACAUGGCUACUAUUGGAUUAUCGGAUCACAAAAAAGUAUUCAGCCUUGGGAUUUUGCUCUGGUGCUAUCGCUGGUCUUGUUGCUAUCACCCCAGCAUCAGGAUUCGUAGGUCCUGGCCCUGCUAUUGCUAUUGGAUUCUUAGGUGGCCUAUGCUGCAACCUUGCUGUGCGUCUUAAGCACAUGCUCAACUUUGAUGAUGCUGCUGAUGUCUUCGCCGUUCAUGGUGUAGGUGGUUUUGUGGGUGGAUUACUCACAGGCUUGUUUGCUGAAAGCUAUGUCGCUGGUCUUGAUGGCUCAACGGUCAUUGAUGGGGGAUGGAUGAAUCAUCAUUGGAUACAACUUGCAUAUCAAUUAGCGGAUUGCUCAGCAGGUGCUGCAUGGUCCUUUGGUAUCACUUACAUCAUCCUUUUUACUAUGGACCAUAUCCCAGGCUUAUCUUUGCGAGUUGAUCCUGAAGUUGAACUACAAGGCUUGGAUACCGCUGAAAUCGGUGAAAUGGCAUAUUAUCAUGUCGACAAGGUUGUCACUGUCAAUCCUACAAGCGGUGAAGAACGCAUCGUUUCGGAACAGAUAAGAGAAAUCUCACAACAACAGCUACGGGAUUCACUCUCUUCUGAGAAAUAG